AAGACUUUACACUGCUCGUAGUGGCGAAGGCGGCUUUAGUGGCAGCAUGAAGCGCACCCCGACCGCCGAGGAGCGAGAGCGCGAAGCCAAGAAACUGAGGCUUCUCGAAGAGCUCGAAGAUACUUGGCUUCCUUAUCUGACCCCCAAAGAUGAUGAGUUCUACCAGCAGUGGCAGCUGAAAUACCCUAAACUAGUUCUCCGAGAGGCCGGCAGUGUGCCCGAGGACAUCCACAAGGAGGCCCAGGAAGCCUUUCUCACCCUGCACAAGCACGGCUGCUUAUUUCGGGACCUGGUUAGGAUCCAAGGCAAAGAUUUGCUCACUCCGGUGUCUCGCAUCCUCAUUGGUAAUCCAGGCUACACGUACAAGUACCUCAACACCAGACUCUUUACGGUGCCCUGGCCAGUGAAAGGCUCCAGUGUGAAAUACGGUGAGGCUGAAAUAGCCGCUGCUUGUCAGACCUUCCUCAAGCUCAAUGACUACCUGCAGAUAGAAACCGUCCAGGCUUUGGAAGAACUGGCUUCCAAAGAGAAGGAGAAUGAGGACGCCGUGCCGCUGUGUGUGUCUGGAGAUUUCCCCAGGGUUGGCAUGGGGUCAUCCUAUGACCAAGAUGAAGUGGACUUUAAGAGCAGAGCAGCGUACAACGUAACUCUGCUGAACUUCAUGGAUCCUCAGAAAAUGCCAUACCUGAAAGAGGAACCUUACUUUGGCAUGGGGAAAAUGGCAGUGAGCUGGCAUCACGACGAAAAUCUGGUGGAACGGUCAGCAGUGGCAGUGUACAGUUAUAGCUGUGAAGGUCCAGAAGAGGAAAGUGAGGACGACUCUCAUCUCGAAGGCAGAGAUCCUGACACUUGGCAUGUUGGUUUUAAGAUCUCGUGGGACAUCGAGACACCUGGUUUGGCAAUACCUCUUCACCAAGGAGACUGCUAUUUUAUGCUUGACGAUCUCAAUGCCACCCACCAACACUGUGUUCUGGCUGGUUCACAACCUCGGUUUAGCUCCACCCACCGAGUGGCAGAGUGCUCAGCUGGAACCUUGGAUUACAUCUUACAACGUUGCCAGGUGGCCCUGCAGAAUGUCCGAGGUGAUGUGGACAAUGGUGAUGUCUCUUUGAAGUCCUUUGAGCCUGCAGUUUUGAAACAAGGAGAAGAAAUUCACAACGAGGUCGAGUUCGAGUGGCUGAGACAGUUUUGGUUUCAAGGCAAUCGUUACAAAAAGUGCACUGAUUGGUGGUGUCAGCCCAUGACUCAGCUGGAGGAACUCUGGAAGAGGAUGGAAGGUGUGACAAAUGCUGUGCUUCAUGAAGUUAAACGAGAGGGGCUCCCCGUGGAACAAAGGAAUGAAAUCUUGACCGCCGUCCUUCCCUUGCUCACCACACGCCAGAACCUGAGGAGGGAAUGGCACGCCAGGUGCCAGUGUCGAAUUGCCCGAACUUUGCCCGUAGAUCAGAAGCCGGAGUGUCGGCCGUACUGGGAGAAGGAUGAUCCUUCCAUGCCGCUGCCGUUCGACCUCACAGACAUCGUUUCGGAACUCAGAAGUCAGCUUCUGGAAGCAAAACCGUAGGAGGAGCACAGGCCUGAGGUGGAGGAGAAGAAUCUGCCAUCGUGGGCUCCUCCAGCCUCGUCCUGGGCUUGGGCAGGUGUGGACGUCUCCUGGGUCUCAGAUGGCAGCCCCUGGGUCCCAGUUGUAAACAGCUAGGGAAGGGAGCCCAGGAGCUUUUAAAUGUCUAAAAAUGACACAGUGUUAUAAUCUGAUUUGGUAUAAGACAAGAAUUCACCCAAAGAGAAACCUUCCCCACUUAGAUUUUUUUUUUUUUAAUGUGAGCCAGUCAGCCACCAAGGGCCAAGGAAGGUGACAGAGAUGAGCCCAGCAUGUGACAAAACGUAACCUACUUUGCUGUUUUCCCAGCCUUUUUGGAGACUCUAGAGUGGGCCCAGUCAUCUGAGGAGACACAGGCCUUAGAGACAUCUGUCCCGGUUCCUCACCGUGCUCCCCAGAGGUGUGCUGUGCAGCGGUAGCCACUAGCUAGCUACUCAAAUUUAAAUUCUAUUUUAAUUUUAAUUAAAAAUUCAGUUCCUCAGUUGUCUUAGCCAUGUUUCAAGUGCUUAACAGACACACAUGGCUAGUGACGACCGUAUUGGACAGCAAGACCUACAACAUCUUCAUGAUUAUAGAAAGUCCUAUUGGACAAGGCUUCUAUAAAGAGUCUGAAAUCAGGAAUUCUUUUUUCUAAUUCUCUCUUUUUUGAUUUUUUCUUUAAUUCCCACAGCCUUGACUUGAAACCCAUCUUUUCCAAUUUUCUACACCUUCUAUCCCCACAGGAAGGAGAGAUGAAAAGAGAAAUGACUUAUGGGAGAGCAGCCCUGUCCCUUCACUGAGAUAACCCUAAGUGAAAGCCCAGUGCCGAGUCCCAGGCACUGUACACGGGAGUCCGGUGGCAACAGUUCAAAUAAGUUGCUAUCCUGUCUUUAGGAGGUUUCCCUGGUCUAAUGAAAAAGGUACAGCCCCAUUUACGUUGCUCCAUGGAUUCAACCGGCCUAGUAGAGUUUUUUUCUAUAAGUGCCCGCUUCACAUGUAAUGACAGGUUGAAUGGAGGCUUAGAGAAUCCCAGUGCCCAUCCUGUGGCCUUGGGGUGUCAGAGAGACAAGGUAGAUUAGAGAUUAAAACCUGGGCCCUGGUUUGAGAGCACCUGAGUGAAGACUCCCACUAGCUUUUGUGACCUUUGGCACAUUAUUUUUCCUCAGUUUCCUCAUCUGUGUAAUGGGGAUAUACUAAAGGAACCCAUGCCCAGGGUGAGGUGUAAGUGAGGUGAUCAAGGGCAGACUUAGGGCACUCUCUGGCAGGUGAAUAUUAGUAGUGUUGUGUGUCAGUACGCCGACCUGAUGCCAGUGUUCCUCCUUCUUCUCUCCGUCCAUGUGCCAGUUUUGUCCCCUGAUGCCGUUAACACCCUCUUUCUAGCCUGGUGCAAGCUCCUUGGUGUCCCCAGAAAUCGCGAGGACAGUUGGCCCCUCUCCCCAGCCUGUUGCCGUCUCCUAUAGUUGUUCACAGUCGUCUAGAAGCUGAAGAACUUUUUCCCACUGAGGGGUGUGCCGAGAACAAACUCGUUCCUGCCACCCAGUCUCAGAGGGUCAAGGCAUGUGCCGCCACCACGGACUUAACAGCCACAGAAAAGUCACAUUCAGCAAAGCAGCCAGGGUCCCAGCAUGUUGAGACGCAAGUUCCCUCAGACCACAGGUUGUUUCAGGGAUUAAAUGAGAUACUACAGGUGAGGAGGGCGUGGCAGGCAGAGAGCGCAGAUCGGGCACCUUCAGGACACCCAGCCCAGUGUGGUAUUUUGUUCUUUGUUGUAUUUCAUUAUGUGCCGUUAUUUAAAAACUGGGAGCUUUCACAUAAAAUAAAAAUGUCUGCUUUCUCUUUAGAAUCCAGAACACCCAGUGGUCCUAGGCUUGCGUCCUAGCAUGGCACAGCUGAGCAGUGCCUCCCUGCUCUGGGCAGGUGCCAGCCCUCCCGGGCUUUGCCGUGGGCCCUGCCCAGGCUCACUCGCUGUAGACCCACCUGCUCCACAGAUCUCCAGGCUGCUUGCUUGCACCCUUGUAGUAGAAAUAAAUAAUGUUAGUGCAUACCUCAAUCUUCGUGUGUUACUAUUGAACUGCAUUCAUGAGUUGCUUGUCCUAACGUCCUGUGCAUCAUGGUAUUCAUAUACAAUAAAAAUAUUAAAAAG